CACUUAAAAUGAACAGUGUGUUGGAAUAGGUUGUGUUGCCAAGCUCUUAAGAUUCCAAAAUAUUACAAAUCGGAUAACUAUUCGGCACUUAUGUAAAAUUCCGUUCACUGUCCAUGCUCAGCUGCACGCAAUAAGUCCACAGUGCAACUAAAAUAUAAUUGUUGGCAGUAACAUAAACACCUACGUUAUUGUUUAGCUUUACACCUUACGUGUGACGACAUAAUUACGACCCCGACGAUCCGUUCGUUGUAAAAGCAGGAAAUCGAUUCGCCACCUCGACCGCGCAUGUUCCAACAGCAAGUGUCAGCAUGUCGGUCGUGGAAACUGCUCAAGGCCAGUUAAAAGGCGUUGUAUGUGAGAAAAAUGGGGCGAAAUAUAUUGCGUUCAAGGGGAUCCCUUACGCGAAGCCUCCAGUUGGGAAUUUACGUUUCAAGGCACCGGAGCCUCCUGACCCAUGGGAGGGUGUCCGCGACGCAACGGAGCAUGGCCCGGUGUGUCCGCAGUACAACGAGCGCAUGGAGCGCAUCGACCCCGGCAACGAGGACUGCCUCUACCUCAACGUGUUCACCAGGGCCGUCUCCCCCCCGCGACCCCUCCCCGUCAUGGUGUGGAUCCACGGCGGCGCCUUCUACACCGGCUCUGGCAACUCCGACUUCUACGGACCAGAGUUCUUCAUGGCUCACGACGUCAUACUAGUCACAUUCAAUUAUAGGCUGGAAAUACUAGGCUUCCUCUGCCUAGACAACGAGGAGGUGCCCGGAAACGCGGGACUGAAAGACCAAGCGGCCGCUUUAAAGUGGGUCAAAAGAAACAUAUCCGCCUUUGGAGGAGACUCCAACAAUAUUACUAUAUUCGGGUGCAGUGCCGGUGCCGCAUCAACUUCUUACCAUUUAGUAUCCAAAAUGAGCGAAGGGUUGUUCCACAAAGCGAUCUGCCAAAGCGGUGUCUGUCUUAACGAAUGGGCGUACAAUUUCUAUGGCAAACAACGAGCAUUCCAACUUGGUAAACACCUGGGGAAAGACACCAAUGACCCCGCAGAACUACUGGAGUUCUUAAGAAGCGUUCCAGCAUUAUCUUUAGUCAAUAUACAAUUACCGCCUCUAGAGCUUAAAUACUUGGAUAUAGCAGAUAGUAUUAUUUUUGGACCUGUGAUAGAAAAAUCUGAUCUGAAAGUAGAGAAGUUCCUUACAGAACCACCUCAAGACAUAGUCAAGAGGGGGCAGAUAGCAAACGUACCUGUAAUUCUAGGAUAUACCUCCGGCGAAGGAAUAGAAAUAGCACGAAAGCUGUCCGGCAUUUUAGGUUUCAUGUCAAUGGUUGGAGCAGUAGUGCCUAGAGAAAUAAAACUGAAGAUGACACCAGAAAAACUAAAGGCUGUCGACGAGCUGAUUCGACAACGAUAUUUUAAUGGUGAAGAAGUUACAAUGAAGUUAAUACAAAAGGUUUCUAACUUAGAAUCAGAUAAGUUGUUCAUGUAUAAUAUACGAAGGUUCGCGCGAUAUCAUGUGAAACACACUUCCAGUCCUGCUUAUCUGUACAAGUUUACGGCAGAAACUGAAAGAAACUACCUUAAAAAAUAUUAUAAACUGGAUUCGUUAGAAGGGGUCUGCCAUGCUGAUGAACUCCCGUACCUCUUCAAUGUAACAAAUAUCGAAAUACCAUUGACAGACGAGUCCAGAGGCAUUGUCCAAACAUUCGUACAGUUGUGGACAAAUUUCGCUAGCACAGGGCGACCGACCACAGACGGACAAUGGAAGCCAUUCACGGAAACCGAACAAAAUUACUAUGUUAUAGGAAAAACACAAACGUGUGUGUUGAACGAAAACCAAGAAAACAUGAAAUUCUGGGACGACAUAUAUGAAGAAAUAGAGUGUGUAUGUACGACGGACUGUUCAAGCACGUAAAAUAGACCAAAGAUAUUUUCAAUGUUAAAUAAUUAUUUUAGAUAAAUAAUAUUGGUGGAGCACGUUAUAAUAUUUUUUUAUUGGGAAUUCAACAAAAAAAGAACUUAUUCAUUUAAUAAUUAUAAUUAUUCUCUUAUUCCUUACAAAAUAUUCUACAUAAAAUGUGUAGGUACUGCAACGUCGCAUGUCACUUCUAAUAUGUUUUAAAUAAUGUACAUGAAUAAUAUAGAAUACAUGCAUAAGAACUGCAUUGAAAUUAUGUAAUGAUUAACUACCUAAAUCAUAAUAAUGCUACGGGCGACAUUGCAGCGAAGACAUUGGUUGGAACAAAGUAAAGACACGUCAAAUUGA